AUGACAAUCCUGAAGCUACUUUCAGUUUUCUUUCUUCAACUUAUUUGUGUACACGUUUUCCUUUUCGACGGGAUUAAUGCACAAUCCCUAAGAGUAGGGUUCUACAACAGCACAUGUCCUUCUAUCGAAGCGAUUGUGAAGAACACGACCGCUAGCUUCAUAUCCCGAGCACCAUCACUUGCUCCUGCAUUGCUGAGAAUGCAUUUUCACGAUUGUUUUGUUAGGGGAUGUGAUGGAUCUGUAUUAAUAAACUCUACAUCGGGAAACCAGGCUGAGAAGGAUGCAAUCCCUAACCAGAGCAUCAGAGGUUUCCAGGUUAUUGAUGCUGUCAAGUCUGCCGUAGAGAAUAUAUGCCCGUCUCUUGUCUCGUGUGCUGAUAUCCUCGCUUUAGUAGCCCGAGAUGCAGUAACAUUGGUGAAUGGACCUUCUUGGCAAGUUCCAUUAGGACGACGAGACGGAAGAGUGUCUAGAUCAUCGGAUGCCUUGGCCAAUUUGCCCCCUCCUUUUGCCAACAUCACUCAACUCAAAGCAUCAUUCCGCUCAAAGGGUUUAAGUGAUAAAGAGCUAGCAGUCUUAUCAGGAGCGCAUACCAUCGGUGUUUCUCACUGCAAUAGCUUCUCAAACCGGUUGUACAAUUUUACGGGCCGAGGUGACACGGACCCUUCAUUGGAUCCCAACUACAUUGUACGGUUGAGGAGCAAAUGUAGCCCCACAGACGCGACUUCCAUCGUUGAAAUGGAUCCUGGAAGUGCCAAAACAUUCGACACCAGUUACUACACACUUGUCAGGAAAAGAAGAGGAUUAUUUGAGGCCGAUGCAGCACUUCUGAAUGACAAUGCAACACGACAAUACGUUCUACGGCAGGCAAAUUCAGGUGGAUCAAACUUCUUUAACGAUUUUGCUGCUUCAAUGGUGAAGAUGGGAAGAAUUGGAGUGAUUACAGGCAAUAGAGGUGAAAUCAGGAGGAUAUGUUCAGCCAUUAAUUAA